AUGGACCAACCGUCAAGAGACCCCCAGCUGACUGGGACCGCGGCGGCGUAUCAGAUAAAAUGCGACCACAGGAAACCCGUGUGCUCCGGGUGUGAGAAGUACGCCGACGAGUGCGUCUGGCCGGAGAGGAAGAAAAACGCGCCCAGGAAAGAGAGGAGGCGAGUUCCCGAAUCCCGAUCCCUUGCACACGUCGUCGACAGGUUGGCGCAGAUGGAACAGCUGGUAAAGGAGCUCCAGGACCCAAAGACGUCGUCGGGGAGCCAGAAAACCCCAUCCUCCUCCUCGUCCUAUUCCCCCUCCUCCUCGUCCUCUCACAAUCCGCCGACGGUAUCCUCUGAUGCUCAUCCCGCAUCCGUCGGUGACGACCCGGCCGAGCCCUCCCCCAGGACGAAGCCGUACUACUCCGGCGCCGAGUCCGAGGCCACCGUCGGGACCGUCGGUUCAUGCUCGCUCUUCUCCGCCGAAGGUAUCGCAAAGAUCGACGCUCUCGUCGGCGACAACCGCUUCUCCGUCGCCGUCCAGGGCCUCCUGCAGAGGAUCCGGCGCAUCGCGCCGCCGCCGAACCCUGACCCUCUGGCCUCGUCCGUCACGUAUCCCUUUCCACCCAACAACGUCAUCAUGGAAUGCAUGAACGACUUCUUCCAGACCCUGAACCACGACAUUAAGCUGCUCGACGAGGCCGAGGUCCGCGCCGCCGUGCAGUCGUACAUCUACGGCCGGCCGCCCCCGGGCUCCGGCUGGCGCAUGGCCCUCAACGUCAUCCUGCUGCACGCCCUCCGCAAGCGCGACUGGGCGAGCCCGACGGGGGAGUGCGACAAGUACCUGCACAACGCCAUGUGCCUCAUCCCCAGCGCCAUCCUCCAGACCCCGAACCCCAUGGCCAUCGGCGCUCUUCUUUCACUCCACAUCCUCCUCGCCGGCUACCACCACGCCAACCACCCGGCCCUCCCCGCCGCCGACGUCCUCCACCGCCGCCGCCUCUUCUGGCAGGCCUACGUCCUCGACCACGACCUCAUGCUGCGCAUCGGCAAGCCCCCGCUCAUCGCCGACGACUUCCUCCUCGCCCUGCCCGACGAGUUCCCCGCCGACGGCUACGGCGUCUUCUUCUACCCGGGCGACGUCACCCUCAACUACUUCCGCCAGCAGGUCCGCCUCUCCCGGAUCCAGGGCCGCAUCUGCUCCCGCCUCUACUUUAAGCAGUACACCCCUUCGUCGUCGUCGUCGUCGUCGUCGUCGUCGUCGUGGCUCGAGGCGGAAAUCGCAGCCCUCGACGCCGAGCUGCACGAGUGGCGCGAGAGCAUCCCCGCCAUGAUCCGCCCCCAGCCGCCGUCGUCCGGGCUCGUCGACGCCGACUACAGCCGCAUGAUGAGCCUGAGCGUGCUGCACUUUGUCUACUUCCAGCUCGUCGUCGCCGUCCACUCGGCCGCCUUCCGCACCCGCGCCCUCGACGGCGGCGGCGGCGGCGGCGACGACGACGACGGGGACGUCGAGAGCCUACGGCCCAGCAUCGCCGUCUGCGUCAACGCCGCCCGCGGCGCCAUCUCGCUGUUGAACUACCACCAGCUGCAGCAUCCCUUCACCAUGUGCGUGUUUUUGUCCCCUUGGUUUUUCCCGUUCUUGUUCUUCUCAUACCUCCUCUACCAGGUCGCCUGGUGCGUCGAUAUCCUCUUCGUCAACAUCCUCGAGCACAAGACGUCGCCCCAGUCCCUCCAGGACCUCGACCUCAUCCGCCUCGUCCUCUCCUUCUUCGAGCGCUACGACGCCGACCACCAGCGCGUCGCGUCCUACCACAUCAUCAGGGCCCUGUACGACGUCGCGUCGUCCGUGACGGCCAACGCGACCCCGCUGCCGGCCCUUCCUCCUAUGGUGGGCACCGACGCCCUCGCGGACUCGAUGCCGAUGCUGUCCAUGUCCGCGUCCGCGUCCGCGUCCGACCUCAACAUGGCCGGGUGGGAGGAGGUGUCCCUGGGCGGCCACGACUGGCUGUCGGCCGGGUUCCUGCAGAUGGCCGACUGGGGCCUCCCCGACGACGCUGCCGCCGCCGCGGGCACGGACGACGAUCUCGAUUACAUCUGAGUGUGGGUAGGGGGUAUAUAUGUAGUAGCCGUUGCUUGUACUAGUUAGUGUAAUACGAUCCCAGGGACGGUGCUCCUGAAGCCGAGCCAACGCCGCUCACCAC